UGGAAAAAUAGACACCUGUCAUAGCGCAAGUUCCUCUGCUCCUCUUUCACCCUCGUCGCCGUUCUCCGCCUAUUACCAGCUGACGCCGCCCUCUUCGCCGCCCCCUGCCUCCGCGACCUUUGGUCGCCCCUAAUCGGCUUCUCCCUCAACGCCGACAACCUCCGCCGCCUCCUUCUCCUCGGCGAUAAGAGGCUUCAUCCUCCGUCACAUUGAUCCAGCCAGCAUCUCUAUGCUAACUUAGAAUCUGGAAAAUACAUUCUAUAGAGCUCUCACUUGUGAAGCUUUGAUGACAUUUUACUCAAAACUGAUCUCUGAGCUUGGGCGUGGACCACUGGCAACAAACAAGCUUCCGAGAGAUCGCUUAUUCUGGUUAUGCUGUCUAGUUGAACAUGCUCCGAGUAUUGUGUCAUCCCAUACCAAGACUUCAUAUUCCAGGUCCUUUGGACCUUACAAUCACAAGUGCAUGCAUCAAAGAAUUUACAGAACACUGAGGAAUGUUUCAGGAGAUCCCUCCUUGUUUUGUCGGUCAGGUUUUCUUUUAAUGCAGCAAUCAAAUAUCUUUGGAAGACAAGGUAUUCUGGGAAGCUGGCUUCCUGCCAGAUACAUAAGUAAUGAAUCAGUUGAGCUGAAGACUGACAAUGAUGUUGUAAGGUUCUCUCUGGACAAGUCCGAUGAUAUUAAUUCUACAGAAAAGAGCCAGAAGAACAAAAAAGUUAAAAUGUCUAAAAAAGCUAAAGUGAACGAGCUUAGGUUCUAUCGUUUGAAGGCUAAGAAAAAAAUGAAUUCCCCAAAUCCAGAAGUUAGAAUUAGAUAUAAGCUUGAAAAGGCCAAGCGGAAGGAAGCUUGGUUGAUUGAGAAGCUGAGAAAAUAUGAUGUACCAAAACCCCCUCCAGAAACAUUUGAUCCUGAAAUAUUAACUGAGGAGGAAAGGCAUUACCUGAAGCGCACAGGUGACAAAAAGAAACAUUAUGUUCCAGUCGGGAGACGGGGAGUAUUUGGUGGGGUAGUUCUUAAUAUGCAUCUUCACUGGAAGAAUCAUGAAACAGUAAAGGUUAUCUGCAAGCCUUGCAGACCAGGACAAGUGCAUGAAUAUGCUGAAGAGCUUGCUCGACUGAGCAAAGGCAUUGUGAUUGACAUCAAGCCAAAUAAUACCAUCAUUUUUUACCGUGGAAAGAACUACGCACAACCGGAAGUAAUGUCUCCUCCAAAUACAUUAUCAAAAGCAAAGGCCUUGGAAAAAUAUAGGUUUGGACAAUCCCUUGAGCAUACUAGUCAUUUCAUUGAAAGGUUGGAGAAAGAGCUUGAAGAGUAUCAUCAGCACCUUGUAAAGUUUGGGAAAGGGAAAGAGGAUACCACCACUCAAGAUUUAUUUUGUCAGGGAUUGGAGAAGCGUGACUCUAAUUUUGCUGGACGCCAAAUGUCGCAUAAAUGAGGCUCAGACAACCUGAUCUUGUUGGCUUUGGAGGAAAUGAAGUUUUUUUGGGUACACUAAGAAGAAGAAGAAGCUGUGAGAUAUGGCGGAUUCCUCACCAUCAAGUUCCACAGUUUCAAGAACUGCCCUUAUUCUUUUGAGGGUCUUAACCUUCAUCUUUCUUUUCAUUGCACUAAUUCUCAUUGCUGUAGCCAAACAAACUGAUGAUAACACUGGGGAAAAAAUCAAGUUCAGUGAUUUCUAUACCUAUAGGGAAUCGUGUGUUAAAUGGUGAUGGUGGUUAUCUGUUUGAUUUUUUUGGUGACAAGAUAAUAUCAUACUUUCUGAUUUCUGGUUCAUCUGCUGGAUUUGGUUUGACAGUUGAGUUGCGAAGAGGUGCACCCUCCAACUCAUUUACUGACAAGGCACACGCUUCAGCAAGUCUUCUUCUGAUUGGAUUUCUGUUCACUG